AUGACGCAGAAAUAUACGUUGUGGAUUGCUGAUCCUAAUAUUCAAAAAUUGUAUUUUUUUGUCCGUGCCCGUGGCAAGAAAGAACGAUGGGCUGCCAACAAGCUUCUCAAAGAGACCGAUACUACAGCCGGGCUUGGUCGUGAUACUCCAGCGUCAGACGUGGGUGUCGGACGCAAGGGGAGGAAGGACAAGAUGACUGCCAAUGACUACGAUACACCUGCCAGUGGUGUGGCUGGCAAGCAGAAACGUGAGGUGAAGUCCAUGUCUGUGACGCCUUUGGUGAUCGACGAUGACGAGGAAAAGUAUGACAUGGCAAAGGGGUAG